GUAAUUAGCAAAGGGGGCCCGUUGUACUAACGAGGUCAAACAAUAGGCCACGUUUUACUAAACAUCUUAAAACUAAAAAAACAAACAAUUAUCAUAGUGAACAUUAUCGUAGUACGUUGCUUAAAACAUAAUAACACAGUAUAUUCACAAUAAAGUUGAGUUCUUAUCUAUAAACAGUAACACGUUUAAGGGACUCGCUGUCUGUAGCUUGGUGUUUACAUUGUCGUCAACAUAUUUUAAGUGAUUGGAAGCUGAAAAUACUUUUUUUUAAAACACACUUUUCUUAUAGCAAUACAGUACUGGUGAGCGAUAAUCAGUUCGUUUGAAAGCCAGGCAUUAAUCACUGAUAAUAGGGGCACAGGCGGUGAUUCUGUGAGCACUCCGGGGCUCAAGCACCAAUGGGGGAAAAUAAGGUCCCGCAUAGUGCAAAUAAAUCACCUGUUUUGUUUCACAAGCAGAACUGUUAUUGCAGCAUUUAAAAAUAUAUUAUCCGUUUAUACAAAGUCUCCCAGCUUUCUUGCGUUUCCCUGUUUUUUAUUUUGUAUUUGUUCGGAGAAAGUACUACAAGCAAAAAUAAAUUGCAUUGCACAUGUUAUGUCUUCUUCAGUUACUAUACUAUACUUAAAUGUGUGUUUUAGAUUUUAAUUUAAUAUUUUUUAUUCAUUUUCUGCCAGUUUGAAUAUGCUUGAUACAAUGUUUUUUUUUUCAGAAAUGGCAGUUUUUAAAGGGAAAUAAAACAAAAACCGUCAAAGUAUGAGUAUUAUGAAUGUUAUUUAUGUUUACCGGAGUAUUUAUACUUCCACAAAAUACAGAAAGAUGGUGCUUCACUGUUUUGUAUUUAAUUAUACAACGAGUUGAAAACUGCCAAGUUCAUGAGUAUCAGAGCGCUCUGAGUUCAGAGUUCGCCAUAGAGGAAGAAUCGCCAGGUGCCUCUUUCAGCGUGCCUAACAGUUUCAUCCCGAGGGCUACGGUGAAACGUACUGUCUUUAAAUUGGGACUUUAAUGAAGACCGCAUGUGUACGUUCUUGAGAAAAAGGAAAAAAGUGCUCCUGUUUUCCCCAGUGCUUGUCUUGGUGGCUUUGUAUGGACCCUUAUCUGUCAGGUAUAUUGAGGGCCUGAUUCCCAUGGAAAAGUGCCAGUUACCUCCUGGCUCUCAGCUCAGGCCUGGGAACCAUGUGGACAACUCCCUGGAUCUCUGGUCCAGGACUGAUGUGCAAACGUGCACUUACUGGAAGGCGCCAGUCAUAUGGGAUGGAAUGUUCAACCCACAGCACUAUGAUGAAGUUUAUAGGAGGCAGAACGUCACUAUUGCUCUCACAGUGUUUGCUGUUGGAAGGUACCUGGACAUCUACCUUGAGAAGUUCCUCUCCUCAGCUGAGCAGCACUUCAUGGUGGGUCAAAGGGUCAUCUACUACGUGUUCACAGACGACCCUGACAGGGUUCCACAGGUCAAGCUGUCGGCCGGCCGGAUUGUGACAGUCAUCAAGGUCCUCCGGCACAGCCGCUGGCAGGACAUCUCUAUGCUGCGCAUGAAGACCAUUGCAGACACCAUUGACUCCCUCAUCCACCACCAGGCCCAGUACGUGUUCUGCCUGGAUGUGGACCAGGAAUUUGUGGGCCGCUUUGGCACAGAGGCUCUGGGUGACUUGGUCGCUCUGUUCCACUCCUACUACUACCACAAGCCCAAGUUCUUCUACACGUUGGACCAUAACCCCAAGUCUGCGGCUUAUGUAGAGCAAGGAGACAUGUAUUAUCACGCGGCCGUCUUUGGGGGCACGUGGCAGCAGGUGAAGACCCUGACGCAGAGCUGCUACUGGGCCAUCAUGCAGGACAAGAACAACCAGGUGGAGGCGCUGUGGCACGACGAGAGCCAUCUCAACAAGUACUUCUGGCUCCACAAGCCCACCAAGGUCCUCUCCCCCGAGUACUGCUGGGCCUCCGCCAUCGGCUACCGCAGCGACAUCCACGUGGUGCGCCUGGUUUGGGCUGAGAAGCAGUACAGCUUUGUUAGGCAGUAGCUACCGAGUGGGACUGGGAGGAAGGCUGGACCUUGUUAUAUCCACUGGAGUUGGGGAUUUCUGGACUAUACAACUCAGGGACUGAAAGCAGAGUUGGAUGUUAUGACGUUUGUCAUUGAAUGUAUUUAGUUUCUUAGUAUUUCUUAAUUUAGCCCUAUUGAGUGUUUUAUAUGGAUGAUUUUCAGUUUAUGAAGAGAUUCUAUUGUUUGAUCACUCAGACCUGUGUUGCAUUGAUCUAGUUCAUGCUUUGAACAUAAAAUAAAAAUGAAUUGUGUUCCUCGUUUUAUGAA